CGAGGCCAGCCCGGGCCAGCCCCGCCUGCACACAGCACAGCACAGCACAGUCGCGCAGCCAUGGUCCGCGAGUCGACAGUCAGCAAGCCGAGCGCGGCCUCCUGCGCGAUGUCACCAGCACGACGCCGUGGACGGGGAGGCGCGGCUGUCGCCAUCCUGGCGCUGCCGGCACUGCUGCUGAUGCUGCUGCUGCUCCUGCUGGCGGUGCGCGAUGUGCACGCCGCGGCCAGGAUCUUCGAGGACGACGCCCUCCUCGGCACCGACCUCACCGCCACCGACGUCAAGGAGGUCCGCGACAACCGGGUGCGGCCCGACACCGGCCCCGAGGUCCCCCGCAUCGACUCCGAGCUGCUCCUGGUGCACGUGCUCUUCCGGCACGGAGACCGCACCCCGGACCCGCCCUCGUACCCGAACGACCCGUACGCCAACUUCACGUACGAGCCGGUCGGCCUGGGCGCCCUCACCCCCGUCGGCAAGCGCACCGAGUACCGCAUCGGGCGCUUCCUCCGCCACCGCUACGGCGACUUCCUGGGCGGCUACCGGGCCGGGCUCAUGGCGGCGCGCACCACGGACUGGCCCCGCACCAAGGACUCCAUGGCGCUGGUGCUGGCGGGGCUGUUCCCGCCGUCCAAGCACGACGAGUGGGCCGGCGCGGACGGCGGCGACGCCCUCGGCCGCAUGUGGAUGCCCAUCGCGUCCGAGAGCACGCCCCGCGACCAGGACAAGCUGCUGUACAUGUGGGACGUGCCGUGCCCGGCCUACGACGCGCAGUUCCAGGCCGUGCUGCAGUCGCCCUCCUUCCAGAAGCAAUUCCGCACGGCCAACGCCGCGCUCAUCAGCUACCUCGAGAAGUACUCGGGCGCCAAGAUCACCACCCCGGAGGACGUGUACAACAUCUACCAGGCGCUGCUCGCGCAGAACGGAUUCAACCUGACGCUGCCCAGCUGGACCAGCGAGGUCUUCCCGGACAAGAUGAAGCCCCUCACGGCCAUGUUCUUCGAGCUGGACGCGUACAACAGGCAGAUGCAGCGCCUGCGGGCAGGUCCGCUGCUCAAGCGCAUGCUGCGCCACUCGGUGGCCAAGUCGCGCAGCCUGCUGCGUCCGGCCGAGCGCAAGCUCUACAUGUACGCCGUGCACGACAACAACGUGUCGGCCAUGCUGCGCGCGCUGCAGGUCUGGGACAACACGCUGCCGCCGUACGGCAUGGCCGUCAUCCUGGAGGUGCGGCGGCGCGCCGGCCAGGUCGGCAUCCAGAUGUACAUGAGGAACUCCACCACGACGGACGACGUGCACCCGCUGACCAUGCCCGAGUGCGAGCACUUCUGCCCGCUGCACCGGUUCAUCCAGCUGACGGCGGACGUCAUCCCCGACAACUGGGACGCGGAGUGCCGGGGCGAGUGAGGGCCGGCUGCGCAGUGAUCGGCGGAGACCGGGACCUCUUCUCAAUCUCGCUGGGAGCCCGCCGCGCGGCGCUCGCCAUGCGGCGGGAUGCCAUCGAGUCGGCGGCCGCCUCGGGGUUCGCGCGGAGGACGAGCUGGCCUCGUCCCGCGCGCCAAACCGUAAGAUUAAUAAUUAUUACUCUAUCGGCUGUGAGGCCACUCUUUUGGGGACAAAGAGUGGUCGAGUAUUCUCACAUACUCUGUCGAAAAAAAUCCGACGUUUGUGGAAAAGGAAUCUUAAAGGCAUUUGAGAGACGGCGAAACCAC